UAAGUAUGUCAAGGCAAGCCGCUAGUCAAUGUUUGUAAACAAUACCACGUGGGGCGUUCAAUACUAUAAAGAGGGGCAAACCAGCUUUGUUGGCAAAACAGAAUCGAAUAGUAUACCGAGAUAACUUGGAGCCUACUUCAGUUUAAAAGUUGAUAAAGAUAGCAUUACGCCAUAAUCAUGGACAGGAGAGAACUCAGAAAUUAUGUGGACAUGCCACACUUCCACCCCGAGAAAAACGUCAUCAACGGGGUCGAUGUAUACAAGAAUGGGAGAUUCCGCCAAGAAAUCAAGCAUGAUUUGGAGCUCAAAACGGCGACCGCUCACCCACCCUUGAAGAUCCGAAGUUUUAGCACGGGGUCUGAGGGCGAGCCCGCCUCCCCCGUCAUUGGAUCCCCCACACAAGUCUCUGGAUCUCCACUAUCCUCAGCAUACACCGGGGGAUUCCUGACCAAAGCUUUCCAAAUGGACCAGCUCCACACAUCGGCUGACAAACAUCUAAAGCACGAACUCGACUUCAAAUGGCAAUAGAUCUCAACCUCGGAAAGCCAAACAAAUCUACAAGAUGUGAGAGUGGCGAGGAUGUGAUAUCCCUCUGUAGUGCAAUAACUGUGUAUGAACACUGUAAAUGUGGUGACCGAACGAGACAAUUAUGCAUUGACGGCAAAAUCAGUUUGCAUGUCAUUUGUAAAAGUAGGUGAAUGGGAAAAUUGAAUGUAAUAUUUUUACAAUUUUUAUACUCUACACUUUUAUGUGUUUGUCCAUUUUUCAGUAUUUUGUUUUAUGUCUAUUUUUUUUAUAAGAUUGAAUAAAAUUACGAAACAUAAA